AUGGGCGUCCGAGAUUCCCACGGGGAGACGGCGGGGACGCCCGACCCCAUCGAGAAGGGGUUUGCCACCCUCAAUACCAUCAGGAUCGGUGUGAAAGCCAUGGUGCAAAAGGAUGGAGAGUUACGGAAAGCCGAGAUUCUGUCUAUAAGACAGCGGAAAGAUGGUCCUUCCUUUUACGUACACUAUGUCGACUUUAACAAGCGUCUUGACGAAUGGGUCGCAUCUUCGCGGAUCGAUCUCUCCCAAGAGGUUGAAUGGCCUCAGCCAGAAAAGGCCGAUAAGAAGAAGGCUGCUACUACCAACAAGGCCGCCCCCAGCAAAAAUACGAGUACCAACAAGCGUACCCGUGCUGACAGUCGCGAUGUAUCGCAAACGCCUGACAUAUUGGGUGGUAAAAAUGUGAAUGUCGACAAGACCUCACGACCAUCAAGAGCAGGCGGAAAAGAGAACGCCGAGACUCCCGGGGAUACCUCGCUGUUCCCCUCUGAAGCAGUGUCGACAGUUGGAACACCCAAAGCCACCGACUCCGAAGAUGUUGAAAUGGUAGAUGCCACAGAAGGCCAAUCGACUAAAGAAGACGAAGUGCAAACGGCCUCGGGUGAAGUCAUCACCCGCGGAGAAGAGAUCGAACGACUUCGCACAAGCGGCAGUAUGACUCAAAACCCAACAGAAAUCCAUCGUGUACGAAACUUGACUCGCCUCCAAAUGGGCAAAUACGACGUCGAGCCGUGGUACUUCUCCCCAUACCCGGAUUCCUUCUCCGACGUAGAUCUAGUCUACAUUGACGAGUUCUGCCUCAGCUACUUCGACAACCAGCGCGCUUUUGAGCGCCACCGCGCCAAAUGCACCAUCACCCAUCCACCCGGCAACGAGAUCUACCGCGACGACUACAUUUCCUUCUUCGAGGUCGACGGCCGCCGCCAACGAACCUGGUGCCGCAACCUGUGUCUCCUGAGUAAACUUUUCUUGGACCACAAGACCCUCUACUACGAUGUCGAUCCCUUUCUCUUCUACUGCAUGACCACCCGCGACGAAAGCGGCUGCCACCUCGUCGGCUACUUCUCCAAGGAAAAAGACUCCGCCGAAGGCUACAACCUCGCCUGUAUCAUGACGCUGCCACAGUAUCAGCGCCGUGGCUUUGGCCGUCUUCUCAUAUCCUUCAGCUACGAGCUCAGCAAGCGCGAGGGCAAGCUCGGCUCGCCCGAAAAGCCGCUCAGUGAUCUGGGUCUUCUCGGUUAUCGCCAGUAUUGGCGCGAGACGUUGGUGGAUCUGCUAAUCGAGCCGAACCGUGAGGCGAUGAGUGAGAACGAGCUCGCUGUACUCACUUCCAUGACGGAGAAAGACGUUCACGAAACACUUGUUGUUUUCAACAUGCUUCGGUAUCAUAAAGGUAACUGGGUGAUUGUAUUGACGGAUAGCAUCAUCGAGGAGCACGAGAAGCGUCUGAAGAAAGAGGAGAUCAAGGGCGCGCGCAAGAUCGAUCCUGCACGUCUGCAGUGGAAGCCUCCUGUCUUCACUGCCUCCAGCCGGACCUGGAAUUGGUGA